AUGGCAGAAAAGUGCGUCCACCAGGGUUGCGGCAAGCUCUAUACCGAUGUAGAGGAGCCAUGCGUCUACCACCCCGGCCCUCCCAUCUUCCACGAAGGCCAGAAAGGCUGGAAGUGCUGCAAGCCCCGCGUCCUCACGUUUGAGGAGUUCAUGACCAUCCCCCCCUGCACAACCGGCAAGCACUCCACAACCGACCUGCCCCCAAAGAUCGAGCAGAAGCCGCAAGCGGACCCCGCCGCCGCGCCCUCCCUCCUCGACAAGCUCGCCGCCUCUACAACCGAACCGGGCCGCAAGCCCCUCUCUCAAGCCGCCCAGGCCGCGCCUUCCCCUCCGCCGCCACCUCCGGAGUCCGAGUCCGACGAUGCCUCCCUCGAGAUCCCCGAUGGCGCCACCUGCCGCCGCAAGGCCUGCUCGGCCACCUACCGUAAGGGCGCAUCCCGCGACGGCGAGUCCUGCGUUCACCACCCCGGCGUUCCUAUCUUCCACGAGGGUUCCAAGGGAUACAGCUGCUGCAAGCGCCGCGUGCUCGAGUUCGACCAGUUCAUGAAGAUCGAGGGCUGCAAGACCAAGAACCGUCACCUCUUCAUCGGCAGCGGCAAGAAGAAGGAUGCCGCGGCGGCCGGUGGUGAGGAGAAGCUCGACACCGUCCGCACCGACUUUUACCAGACGCCCUCCACCGUCAUCGCCUCCUUCUUCCUUAAAAAGAUUGUUAAGGACUCGGCCAAGAUCGAGUUCAGAUCGCAGUCCGUCGCGCUCGACCUGCCUACGUCGGACUCACCGCCCAAGCGCUACACCGCCGAGGUGCCCCUGUUCGCGCCCAUCGAUGCGGAAAAGUCCACCUUCAAGGUCCUCGGCACCAAACUCGAGGUAAACCUCGCCAAGGCCGGCGGUGAGUCGUGGCCGGUCCUGCGCAGUGACGACCGUCUUACCGGUGAGAUAUUACAAAUCGGCAAGGCGGGGCGUCUGCAAUAG